AUGAACUGUUUACCGCUCGAGGUCGUAACCGAUAUAUUCGUACUGACUCAGGAAGACGAUAUGGAGGAGUGGUAUGAUAAGCGACUUGUCAGUCCAGGCUGGAAAGAGGUGAUCGAUGGGUGCCCGAAGCUGUGGAGAAGAGUGGACCUUGCUGCGGGCUUCAAGUUUGUGGGCAAGCAGAUGGAGCGGGCGAGUGGGCUGCCUUUAUGGGUCCAGACGGACGUGUCGCAGUGCGAACCAUUCGGGGCGGCUUGGAUCGUGGCGUACUCCGACGUGAUCGAGCAACUCACUCUCUAUGUACGGUCCGACCAGAAACACGAUGGGCUGGAGGUCGUCAAGGAUAUAUUCGAAAUCGUGCAGUUCCCCCUCCUUCGUCGCCUUACUAUUCGUCGAGAAGGUCGCAGCGGAGAUCAAACGGUAUCCCUUCCGAUAUUCCCUGCCGAGCUGGUGGAUCCCUCCGCUCUCACACACAUCGAGUUGACAAACGUAUCCUACCCUGCGUCGGCAUUAGCAUAUAACACAUCUCUUCGCGUUCUUCGCCUCGAUAACUCGAGCUCCGCAUCCACGAUUGCUCUGGGAGAUCUCCGAAAUGUCCUCGCUGCCUUGCCGCUGCUGGUCGACUUGACUCUCGGAGGCAAGCUCGCUGUCAACAGAGACGACCUCAAGCUCCCGCCUACCACGUUAGCAACCUUGACGGAAUUCGCCUUCUUCGGCAGCAUGAAAUGUCUCGACCAUCUCUUCGCAGCAUUCUUACUCCCCGGUGUUGAGAGCUGGAAGUUUCGACUUCGAGUCGGAAGAGCGGGCAUAUCGUCGGCGAGUAGAUUGAGGACCGUCAUGAGGACAUGCGCGGCGUUGCCAUCCAAGAUAGACAUGCGUUGGGUCUCGAGUACAGGGAGCAGGGUACAACUCCUCGGUGGAGAUUAUCCUCGGUCCUUCGCUCUGCAGCUCUCUGCUCGGCACAGUUCACCAUGCGAGAUACUGUCCGACUUGCUGGUCGGGGUGGAAUCUCUACCGUCGGUGACGCAGCUACAUCUCCACGGCGGAUCGGAUUUUUUGGAGGUUGGCGAGCCGAGGGACGAAGAGGUCGAGAGGUUCUUAGUGGCUGCGAGGAGUGUUGAACGGGUCGUGUUCCACGGGAAUGGAAAUUCGUGGGUCCGGGUUCCUGACGUUCUGAGGCGGAGGUUGGCGAUGGGCGUGAACAUAUGGGAGAAGAUCGUGACUGUGGAGUUUGGGAGGGGUGUCGCUCUGCCAUACGUCGUAAGGGUUUGGUUGACGCUCUUUUGGAGGUUGCAGUGGAGAGGAACGCCGUUGCGUGUGUUGAGAUUACAGGGGUGGAUGCUUCAGACUGCGAGUACAUGGGAGUUUCGAACGCUGGCCGAACAGUUGGGCCAGGUGGCGGAGACGGUAGAGGGGGACUUGGAUCAUGAUGAGUAUCAGCAAGUUGACGCCGCCGUCGAAUUUGUACGGGCGAAGUGGAUUAUAAACGUGAGCGAGUUAGUUGACACCGUGCGGAUGAAGUGUAACGCGGAACAAACCCGAAUCACUGUCACCAGCGCCAUAUAUCUCCUUCGCCUGUGUAAAACUCUCAGAUCCGGGUCAAUAAUCGACGGUGUUAGAAUCGUCUUCCACAUCAGCUCUGAUGCAGGACAUCAGGUCAUUGCGACCUUCAAGGAAGGCUUCUCAUCCGUGAUCGCGCCGAUGAAGCGGGUGGGGCCACGGUAUCCGGUAGCGGCCCCUGCAGAAUUCUUCCCGAGAGAUUUAACCGAAGGUCAUCAGAGAGACGGGGGAGGUCUUGCUGAUGAAGAGGGGGUGGAGACGGUGGUUAACAAUGAGUCCCGUGUCCACAGUCAGGGUACAGCAGAGGAGUUGUUGAUGCUACUGACGUAG